AGCAGCUCUAGUAAAUGGCAGGGAACUUCUGGAAGUCCUCCCACUAUGGCCAAUGGAUCAUAUCGGAAGAGCGGGUGCUUGAGGGACACGAGAGAGAUUCCAAGUCUUUGUCUGUUGAUGACGUCAAGAAACUUCAUAUUUUCUUUGCCAAUUUUAUUCAGGCACUCGGGGAAACGAACAAACUAAGACAACAAGUCAUAGCCACAGCAACAGUGUACUUCAAAAGAUUCUAUAUCCUCAACUCCUUCAAAAGUAUCGACCCUUUUCUAAUGGCCCCCACUUGCAUCUUCCUUGCUUCUAAGGUGGAGGAAUGCGGACCUAUACCCAUACAGCGUCUCAUAACUGUGUGCUCUUCUCUAAUUAAGAGCAAGUUUAAUUUCGCCAUGACAAACGACUUUUUGUACAGGCCACAGCACGUGCUGGAAUGCGAGUUUUACUUGUUGGAGAUGAUGGACUGUUGCCUGAUAGUUCACCAACCGUACAGACCCCUCACUACCUACGCUGAGUCUCUUGGCCCUGAAGUGCUAAACACGGCGUGGCACAUAAUAAACGACACAUUGCGUUGUGACAUCAUCCUAACCCACCCUCCCUACUUGAUAGCCCUGUCGGCGCUGCACAUGUCUUCUGUUAUUCACAAUAAUGAUAACGCUAUGAAGUGGUUUUCUGAACUUACUAUAAGUAUUGAGAAGAUAACACAAGUUUCACAACAAAUUAUACAAUUGUACGAACUGUGGCGAGGUUUUGAGGAGAAGAAAGAAAUUCCGGGUAUUUUAUUCCGGAUGCCACGUCCCAGAAUGUCCCACUCAGGAAGUCUAGCCGGGUCCAGAUGUUCCACACCCAGUGGGAUGAGGUGACAAGACUAGACACUACUGGAAACUAAUUAACUAAUUAACUAAUUAUAGAUUGCAAAAUCCACUGAAAACUCUUUACCAUUUAUGUAAUUAUAAAUCGUUUGAUCGGGGGAAUUACAUGAUUAUAUUAUGUUAAUUUCGACCAGGAUUUAAUCCAGAUUGUGUUUCGUUGUAAUGUAAGGAGAGAAAUAGAAGGAAUUUUCUAUGAUCAGAAUUUUAGCGAAAUGACUAGAAUGUGUUCUUUUAUGUCCAUCCGUUCAGUUCCAAACGUUGAUAAUCCUCGAUAUAUGUGCGUCACAUGAUGUAAGCUGCAACAUCUGCUGAUUGUUUUUAGAGGCUUAAACCUUGAACUACAAUUUUUGGAAAGCUAACUUUUAUAAAGACUGAUAAAAUUGAAUUAAGACUUCGCGAGGGAUAUAUCUAUAACUUGAACUAAAACUUUGUUUAAUUAUACUGAGGGAACUGUGAGAAUAAUAUAAAUAUUGGAAUUACGGCCAGAUCGAUGAUAUAUUUAUAAUGGUAUUUGGUAAAUGUAAAAACUUGAAACUGUACAUUCCCGAGAGUUGCUAGACUCAAAUUCACAAUUGUUAACAUACACGGUGUCUUAUUUGUAUUUGAUCUUUCUUCGAAAAUGCUUUUAGAUUGAUCUGAACGCCGCAUAGUUCUGGAUUCGCAUGUUGACUUGAACUGAUUUAUCAAUUUUGUUUUCUGAAGUGCCUCUGUGAGAUAUUUGAAAAUGAGAUACAAUUUUAAAUGUAUUUAAAAACAUUAAGCAACUUAUACGAUUUGAUUUUGUAAUAUCUUAAUAGCAUAAUUUACAUUGCAGAAUAUGGCUGAAAGCGAGUCAUGGUACGACAUCACACUAGAAGAAGAACUAGAAAAGGAAAGAAAGAGCAGCGUGUCUUCUCUCAGUCUAAUUAAUGUUUCUUCUAGCAACUUCAUCUUGCACGAGUCAAGACGAGGGUUUCCUGUGUUAUCUCCACUAAAAGAAAUAGACAGAACCCUUGAGUUGAAAGAGGAAAUGUUAGCUAAUGAACAUUUUGAGGAAGAAAUGUUAUCUAAAGAGGAGAUGUUGACCCCGAAGAAAACAAGGCUGGGUCCUCGGGCCUCACAGCGACACUCCUCGCAUGAGGAAGACGAAAACAUGGCCGCAGCAGUUAAUCCUUCACCCAGGAGGAAAGUUAAAAUAGAGAUGGUGGAAGGAUCUCCACUCUCUAGGGAUACAAACUGCCGACUAGGUCCCAGAUCAGAUAUGGUGGAGGGAUCUCCAGUCUCCAGGAAUGUGAAGAGCAGGUUAGGUCCCAGAGCUGCGAGUAGACAUGGUGCCGUGACACCAGAACAUAUUGGAAACAAGAGGCACUUUGCUCGGGACUCUCCCCGAGCCUCCUCGUGGGACUCCCCUCAACGUGACACAGAUCACAAGGACAAAAGACACAGAGUGGGCACACCAACCCGAGACAGAGGCACACCAAACCAAGACAGACAUAUCUUCAGUACACCAGAGCCUAUCAGGAACAUCAAGAAGAGAGACAACGGCAAGUUCAAGACUCCAAACUCAGAUUCCAGGUUGUACACCAAAAAGAGCCAGACUAACAGAGACCGGUUAUCAGGAGCUGGCAAGGACUUGUUUGGUAAUACCCGGAAGAGAGGAAAGAGUGAGAGCGUUAAAGAAAACGACGAGCCACUCAAGGCGUUGACAGAGGAACAAAUAGCAAAACGUGAAAAACAGGUGCUGUAUGGCAAAGUAACAGACGGUUACCAGAACUACAAGUCUAUCAUUCCCAAGGGUUUGAGGAACAUCAGGGACCCCGCAACCCCCAGGAAGGAUUAUCCGUACAGUAAGCGUUGUUGGGAUGGGUUGGUGCGCAGUUGGAGACGUAAGCUUCAUGAGUGGGAUGAACCUAGUGUCGCGCUGGGUCUCCGUGCGGCGUACACUAAAAACAACAAAGAUCUGAAAGACAGUGGUUUAGUUAACAAUGCAGGUGAACUGGUCAUGUUCACCUCCUCCGAACCUGCAGAGGAAACAAACGAGACACCAGAAGAAGAAGAACCAGUAUCCCAACCAGCUGAGCCCGCCACCUGGGACAUCCCCCAGUUUCGGUACCCAGCUGAGGACGACACACAAAGCCAGGACAGUGAGUACACCAGGCUGCUGGGCAACAAGGAUGAUGAGGACGACACACAAAGCCAGGACAGUGAGUACACCAGGCUGCUGGGCAACAAGGAUGAGGACGACACACAAAGCCAGGACAGUGAGUACACCAGGCUGCUGGGCAACAAAGAUGAUUUCCCUGAUGACUCGGACGACUCAGACGGCUCAUAUCAUCUGUCACAGGACAGCCAUCUGAACGAGGAGCUGUCCCAGGAGGGGGAGAUGAUGGAUUGCGAGGAUGAGACUGGAAUGAGAGUUGGGGAUCAGGAGUCUUGUAAUCGCACUACUGUUUGUUAGCAUCUGUGGUAUCAGUUACAGAUACAGUUAUUUAGGUCGUUUCACCUCGUUUGAUACUUUGGGUAAAGAUUUGUUAAAUUCUUGUUGUGACACUUUUUAUCAGAUUUUAUAAUAUAGACCCACGAGCAAGGACAUCAAUCGAUUUACGACCGCUCAAUCUUUUCAAAUUAAUUAAUAUUUUAACUGUAUUUAUGUUGAUUUAAAUUUAUUAUAAUCUGUACCAGACGUACAGUCCAUCGCAUGUUAAUAAAACUUAUUAUAUUAACAAUCGGUGAAAUCUGUUAUUUGUUAAAUUUGUGUUUAAUACAGCACCGUUUUGUAAAUGUUUGGUCCACCCCAUUCAAAAGCAUGUUUUCUCACUUUUUUUAAUGCUUUCUAAAAGUGCGACCAGUCUCACUGCAUGUACCGUCAACUGUGACGUAUGAAGGUCAUCUGACCCAUAAGUGACUAGCUGUAAUUCAUCGUGGCUUCAAGGGCUAGCUGUUAUCAAUUUACAGCGAGUGUAACGGACGGUGUAUUUUUCGUCCGACAUUAUCUGUAGUUGGACUCGUUUUUCGUCCAGGAUUAUUUGUUACAAAGUUACGUUUUUAUUAUUUGUUUGGUUUAUAUUCAACAAGUUAUUAUUUCAAUUCAA